AUGAGUGAAACGCCAUCAACUAAUUAUUCAAUGCUUCAGCCAAACUCCUCUGAGAGUGAACAGACUUUGUCUGCACGUCACUUCAAUGUCACCGAACCUGUUGUGGCCAAACGAAUCUGUUUCUAUAAAAGUGGAGACCCUCAGUUUAAUGGGAUCAAAAUGGUCAUUAAUAAUAGAUCUUUCAAAACAUUUGAUGCCUUGCUGGAUAACUUGUCCAAAAGAGUCCCAAUACCAUUUGGGGUAAGGAAUAUUAGUACACCACGCGGGAUACACAGUAUCACCAAUCUGGAGGACCUUGAAGAUGGAAAGUCUUAUAUUUGUUCCCAUCAGAAGAAAAUUAAGCCCAUUAAUUUGGAGCGGGCCAGUAAGAAGCCAUUACCCUGGCAGAUCAGCAGGCCAGUUAGUGCUCGUCGCCGAGUUGUGCAGUUAGCCAGGGAGAAAGAAGACGGCAUUGUUCAGGAAGACAGAGCUGUCAAAAUAAGAACCCCUAAAAAGCUCCUUGUUUUCAAAAAUGGUGACAUAAGAAUCAGGUGCACUAUAGUUCUGAGUAAGAAGAACAUGCAAAACUUUGAGACCUUUCUGGAUUCCAUAAGUGAGUUAAUGCAGUAUCCAGUUGUGAAGUUAUACACUACGGAUGGCAGAAAGGUUCCUAACCUUCAGUCUCUGAUCUUGUGUUCUGGGGCUAUUGUGGCAGCUGGGAGAGAGCCUUUUAAACCAGGGAAUUAUGAUCCUCACAGGUAUUCACUACCUGCUAAGUUGCCGGGACUCUCCAAUCGUGUGUACCCCAAAGCAAAUGCCAAAUCAGAGAGCAGAAAUACUGGCAAAUGGAAGGUGUCUGUCCUCACCAGUGAUAUACCAUCUGCAGGAACCAGCUCACAGGUUUAUAUUACAUUGUAUGGGGAUUACAGUAAUUCAGGGCCUAUCUUUCUGUAUGGAGAAGCAGGGGAACUGUUUCAGAGGGGCAAUGAAGACAUCUUCACUAUUGACAUUGGAGAUGUAGGAGAGCUCUAUAAAAUACGCAUAGGACACAAUAACUCUGGAGAAUCCCCCUCUUGGCACUGUGAAGAGGUGCAAUUGCAGAACCUUUACACAGGAGAACAGUUUUCUCUCCCUGCCCACCGAUGGCUGGCGCAGGACCAGGAUGAUGGCGAAAUCUGUCAGGAGCUUCCUGUUUUGCGACGGGGCCAGCCUGUUCUUCCAGUGACUGUAUAUGAGGUGCAUGUCACAACAGGAGAGCUGUGGAAUGCCGGAACAGAAGCUGAUGUCUAUAUUUCCAUCCAUGGGGAAGAAGGCGAUACAGGCUCCAGACAGCUAUUUAGGUCAAAGAAUCCUAGGAAAUUUCUAAAAGGACAAACUGACCUCUUCCUACUUGAAGCUGUGCACCUUGGAAAUUUGUACAAGAUUGUUAUAGGACACAAUGGACUUGGAUCAGGAAAUGGAUGGUUUCUGGAGAAGAUUGUAGUCCAGGAUCCUGUCACAGACCUGGAUUAUUCUUUUCCUUGUCACAGGUGGCUAGAUCAAGGGGAAGAGGAUGGUAAAAUUGUAAGAGAACUAAAUGUCACUGACACUACCACCUUCUCUGCAAGGCAAGAGCUGGAACUCAAGAGAGAGGAAAACUGGGCUGCUGAAAGAUGGAAGUUUCAGAAAGGCAACACUCUUCAGUUCUACAACAGGCUCACCCGUGGUUUCAUACGCCUCAGUCCAGAUGGCACAGUUGAUGCACUUGGUGACAAGAAGGACAAAUAUGGUCUCUUUGACGUGACUGUCAAAAGAAAUGCACAUGUGUUUAAGAGUCAUCAGAUGCCACAUAUUGCCCUUGCUCUUGACAAUGGCUAUGUCACUGGAAUGGACAAUGAAGAUACUCUCUGUGAGUUACAAGUUCAUGUUCAGCCAAAUCGCUGUGCAAUUCUGGAAUCAGCCCGGAGUCCAGGGCACAUGAUUACAUUCAGUCUUCAAGGCAAAGUAGCGGAUGAUACAGUAGGCUAUGCAGGACUCUCGAAAGAAUUUGUUGUGCAUGUGAAGGGUGUGUUCCACAAUGGUGCCAUAAUUCUGCUCACCACAAGUCUCUACCAGGCUCUCUGCCUCAGGCCUGAUGGGAGCUGCAGUGGAGCAGGAAAGCAAUCUGAAGAAUCCUAUUGGAAAGUGCAUAAAAUCAGCUCUGGAGUUUGCAUGAUUGAAAGUCUGAAAAACCAAAGAAUGUAUCUGAGGAUCAAGGAUGGCAAGUGUAAUGGAACAGGGACGAGUGAUGUAUACUGUCACUUUAAAAUUGAGAAGAACUUAGAAAGUGGAUCUGUGAGUCUAGAAUCUGUGCUAAACAGCGGGAUGUAUGUUGGUCUCCAACCAGAUGGCCAGACCAAGCCAGUUGUUAACACUGGAGAGAGAAACAUUUUGUUCUACCCACGAGUCAUCAAAUUUGGCAGGGAAAAGCCUAUGGGAACAUCUGCGACACCCAGCCAACCAAAGGGAGGGAUCAGAGAAUCUGAACACCAACCGGCAAAAGCCCAGAAGCCAGUGGCUCAGAGCCCAUCAGCUUCUUCACCUGCAAAGGAAAUGAAAAAUACCCAAGGUACCAAGUAUCCCCUUCCUUCAGAUGAUGAAUGGAAAGUGUCAGUGCUGACAGGAAAUGGAGGAACUCAAGCAAAUGUCACACUCUGGAUAUAUGGAGACAAAGGAGUAGCUGGACCAAUAACUCUUGGCAAGGACAACAGGGAGCAACUCUUUCUUCCCAGGCAGGAGGAUGAAUUUCAGGUUGAAAUAAAGUAUAUUGGAGAAUUCUAUAAGAUAAGAAUAGGACACGAUGGAACAAGUGAACACCCAGAAUGGAAGUUAGAAAAGGUGACACUGCACCAUGUAAAGAGCAGGAGGACUCUGCAUUUUCCAGCAAACAAGUGGUUGUCAAGAAGCCGUGGAGCUGGAGAUAUUAUAUGUGAACUCCCAGUAGAAGAAGCAGGAAAACCCAUUUAUCCAAUUCUGAGAUACCACAUUUAUGUUUACACUGGCCAUUUGGAGCAAGCUGAAACAGACUCUCCGAUCUACCUAUGUAUCUAUGGAAAGAGAGGAGACUCUGGUCUAAGACUUCUGCAUAAAUCUGAUAUGCCAGUGAAAUUUCAGAGAGGAAUGGUGGAUAUGUUUGAAAUGGAAGCUGUAUCUCUUGGAAAACUGCAGAAGGUGCUAUUGCACUGCGAGGCCAGUAACAAGGCGCAGUACUGGUACUGUGAGAAAGUAAUCAUCAGAAAAGCUGGGAAGGACGCUGAAUAUAUUUUCAACUGUGAGAGGUGGCUUCCAUUUAUGUCCCAGGGAAUAAUUCACUCAGAAAUCGAGCUCUACCCUGAAGGUAAGGAAGGAGACUGGAAGAUUACUGUAGUCACUGGGGGCUUCCAAACAGCUGGCACAACAGCAACAGUGUCCCUUUACGCUUAUGGAGAAAACAAGUCUUCUGGUCCUAUUAUUCUGGGAUCUGGGAAGCACCAGCUGUUUAAUCCCAACAGCGCAGAUACAUUCAAGAUUAAUCUCAAAGGUCUUGGGCAACUGUAUAAAAUCCGCAUUGGUCAUGACAACAGUGGAAAUGACCCCAGCUGGUACCUAGAGGAGGUGAGACUUGAAAGAAUGGCCCCUACCUCUGACCGGGAGAUUUGUCUGGCUGUAGACUGCUGGCUAGCAGAAGAUCAGGAUGAUGGAGACACCUGGACAGAAGUAGCAAUUGGGAUGUCUGAAAAGGAGCUUUUGUCAAUGGUGAUUUAUGAACUCCAUGUAUAUACUGGGUCUAAACUUGGUGCUGAAACAGAUUCUAAUGUAUAUGCCACCCUCAUUGGAACGAGAGGAGAUUCUGGCAAGAGAAAGCUGCAUAGAGCUAAGAAUAAUAAAGUCAAGUUUCAGCGUGGACAGGUGGAUAUCUUCUUCAUAAAGGCUGUAUCACUAAGAGACCUGAAGAAACUUGUGAUUAGCCAUGAUAGAACUGGUCCAGGCAAUGGAUGGUUCCUUGAUAAGGUGGUUGUCAAAUUUAAAGAGGAAGAUGAUGAUCAAGAAGCUGUGUUUCCCUGUAACAGAUGGUUAGAUGAGUACCAGGAUGAUGGGAAGACCGAGCGAGAGCUAAUUGCUAAAAAAAAUGGUAAUUCACAGAAGGCAUCCACCAAAGCACGACAAUGGAGAGUGCAGGUUAAAACUGCCAGAGAUUCCCCAGAGCCACAGAAGUGUAAAAGAACCCUUGUGAUUUAUGGCUCAAAGGGCAAAAGUGGUGACCUUCUCCUUUCUCCACAAAGCCCAGAAUAUGUGUGCUUUCUACCCAGAGCAACGGAUGAAUUCCUUGUUGAAACUGGAGAUGUGGGGGAUGUGUACAAGAUUCGGGUCAGCUGUGAUGAUUUGCCAGGCUUUGAGGGCUGGCAUCUGAAGUCCUUUUACAUGCAAGAGCUACAUACCAAACAAGAAGUGAACUUUGACUGUAACUGCUGGCUCUCUGUUAACAGAGAAGACAGAGAGCUGGUGAAAGAAUUCCCUGCAGUGAAUGAGAACCAGAAACCUUUACCAGUCCACAAGUAUAUUGUCUCUAUACACACUGGUGACCACUGGGGAUCAGAAACCUUUGCAAAUGUUUAUAUCACUCUGUAUGGCGAAAGAGGGGACACAGGUGUGAGGAAACUGCACGAAUCAUUGGUAAAAGGAGGAAAAUUUCAAAGGAACAAGGUGGAUUCAUUUUUAAUAGAGGCAGUUUCUCUGAGCCAUUUGCAAAAGGUAGUUGUAGAACAUGAUGGAGAAGGAUAUGGGGCUGGAAUGUACCUCAAGAUGAUAACAAUCAAGGAAUCAGAGGACUCAGAUAAAGAGUGGAUCUUUCCAUUUUGGAACUGGCUUGAUACUCAUCUAGGAAUAUGUGAGACUGUUUGUGAGAUUAUAACAAUAGGUAAAAGAUUGAUUUCUAGUCCUCAACUGCCUCAAAUCAACAUGCAGUCCUCAGGUCUGUGGAUAAUGGACAUCAUUGGAUCUGACGUCAACACUGAAAUGGAUCCAAUACACCUUUCUUUCAUCUUUUAUGGAGACCUGAAUCACAAAGAGUUGGCACUUCAAAUUACAGGAAAAGCAACUCAAAUCAAAGAUGAACUGGCAGACAUUGGCUCAAUAUACAAGAUUCAGAUAACUGGCCCACACAGCAAGUUAAAUCAGCCUUGGCACUUAGACUUACUGCAUAUGAAGCACACAGGCACGAACCAGGAGAUGUGGUUAGCUUUCAACUGCUCGUUCAAAUGUAAUGAAGACAAAUGUGUGGAACUGCCAGCUCUCUAUGCAGACCAGGAUCCUUUGCCUGUUGUGGAAUAUUCCAUUCAUGUGCACACUGGAGACAUAAAGAAAGCAGAUACCAGUGGAGAGGCUUAUCUUUGUAUUCAAGGAGCGAGAGGUGACUCUGGGAAAAGAUGGCUUAAUAAUUCAAGAAGUGGACCCAUCACUUUUGCCAGAGGCCAGGUGGAUGUUUUCAGAAUCAAAGCAGUUCACCUUGGCAAGCUGAACCAAGUUCUUGUUGGAUUUAAAAGUUUUAAAAAAGAUGACUGGUUCUUGGAAAAAAUUGUUAUAAAAGAAGAAAGUUACCCUUUUGCCACUCACAUCUUUGCUCACCAUGACUGGAUCAGCAAACACUCAAAGAAAGAUUUUACAGAACUAGUAAUUCCAUUGAAAGAAAUGACUGUGACAUCUGAUCCAGUAAAAUACUUUGAUACUAAAAGCAGAGGACGAUGGCAAAUGUGGGUGUACUGUACACACAUACCAGAAAAAGUUCCUGAUAUUCAAGUUGUUGUGUUUGGAACAAAAGGGAAAUCUGCUGCACAGAAGGUUCAGAAUCUGAAAAAUGACCCUUUUUUGCUGACUGUUGAUGAUAUUGGUGAUGUAACAAAAGUUUCCUUCGUGUUAUCUGGCCCACGUUUAGGAAGAGGAAUUAAACUUCACAAGCUUCGUCUGAAAGACCUGGACACUAAGCAAGAACUGAGCUUUUACAGUGCAGACCAGUGGCUCUUUAAAGAAGAUGGGUCAGAGACCGUGACAGAGCUAGCAGCAGUCAGACCAGAUAAGGCACCGCUCAGGGGUAUGCUGCUGAACCAAGAAACAAGCAAAAAAAUGUUUUUUAAAGUGAAUCAACUAGAAUAA